AUGGUCAAAGCACCAGCUGCCGCAGCGGCGGCCGCCGGGCCAGGCAUCUACAGUGCUACUUAUAGCGGUAUCCCCGUGUACGAGUAUCAGUUCGGCGCCGACCUUAAAGAGCAUGUCAUGCGCCGCAGACACGAUGACUGGAUCAACGCAACGCACAUUCUCAAGGCUGCCGGGUUUGAUAAGCCAGCCCGGACGCGGAUUCUCGAGCGCGAGGUCCAGAAGGAGACCCACGAGAAGAUUCAGGGUGGUUAUGGCAAAUAUCAGGGCACCUGGAUCCCCCUGAAAAUGGGAGAGGCUCUCGCCCAGCGCAACAGCGUCUACGACCGCCUGCGGCCCAUCUUCGAGUUUGUUCCGGGGAACGAGAGCCCUCCGCCGGCUCCACGACACACCAGCAAACCCAAAGCCCCGAAGCGCCCUGCCGUUCCCAAAUGGAGCAAUCCCCCUAUCGCCGAAGACUUUGACAGCACCGACCUUGCCAUGAACGAAGACGACACCCCCGACAACUUGACCGUCGCAUCAGCUUCGUAUGCCGCAGAAGAUGACAGGCCAGACAUGUCGCAUUUCUCAACAGGUCACCGCAAGAGGAAACGAGAGGACUUGAUCCACGACAUGACCCAGACCCACCACUCUGUGUACGGAGACGAGCUCUUGGAUUACUUCUUGCUGUCUAGGAACGAGCAACCCGCAAUCCGGCCAGAUCCGCCGACAAACUUCCAGCCCGACUGGCCCAUCGACACGGAACGACAUACCGCUCUGCAUUGGGCAUCCGCCAUGGGCGAUGUCGACAUAAUCAAACAAUUAAAGCGCUUCGGCCCCACCCUCUCUGCACAAAACAUCCGGGGGGAGACCCCCUUUAUGCGCGCCGUCAACUUUACCAACUGUUACGAGAGGCAGACCUUCCCCGCCGUGAUGAAGGAGCUGUUUGAGACGGUCGAUGCCAGGGAUUCAUCUGGGUGCACUGUCAUUCACCACGCUGCUGUUAUCAAAGGCGGGCGGGUUACCAGCCAGUCGUGCUCGAGGUACUACUUGGAUAACAUCUUGAACAAGCUUGUCGAGACGCACGAUCCAGCCUUUGUCCAGCACUUGAUCGACGCACAAGAUCACGAAGGCAACACGGCCAUACACCAUGCCGCUAUGCGCAACGCGACUAAGUGCAUCCGGGCGCUCCUCGGGCGUGGCGCGUCCACGCAUAUCUCAAAUACUGAAGGCGUGCGGGUGGAAGAUCUCAUACGCGAUCUCAACGCCAACAAGAAAUCCCGCGCCGCACCCCAACGAUCCUCGUCACCAUUCGCGCCCGACUCCCAGAUGCGCACCCCCUUCCGAGACGCGUUGGGAGAGGUACAGGGCCGCCUCUCCGUGACGCACCAGUCGGACGCCGCCAAGGCGAUACAAGCGCGCAUCACGCCCUUGAUAACGGACAAGUUCCAGGAGCUCGCGCAGAGGUACGACGAGGAGCUCAAGGACAAGGAGGACGCGGAGAAGGAGGCGCAAAGGAUAUUACAAAACACGCAGGCCGAGCUGGCCGCGGUGCAGGCGCAGAUCGCGGCGCUCGAGGCGCAGCUCGAGCCGGACGCCAUGGCCGCGCAGGUCGAGAACGAGGCGGCCGUCGUGCGGAAGCAGGUCCUGGCCCUUGUCACGCACCAGAACCGGCUCGCGGUGCAGCGCGCUGUCGACACGGAGCUCUCCAUGACGAACGGCGCGGGCGGCAACGCCAACGGCGCCGGGUCCGGCGGCGGCGGCGACGAGAGCUACGAGGAGCGGGUCCGGCUCGCCAAGGAGCUGCGGAAGCUACUGGCCGACCAGCGCGAGGCCGAGGCCGACUACGUCGACGCCCUGAGCGCCGUCGGCACUGGCGAGAACAUUGAGCGGUACCGCCGCCUGCUCAAGAGCUGCCUGGGCCCCGAGGCCGAGAACCUCGACGAUAACCUCGACGACAUGAUCGCCAUGAUGGAGGAGGAGGCGUCAGACGUCGUGGCGCGCAACGGCGGCGGCGGCGGCGGCGGCCUCGACGCCGACGGCAUGGACCUAGCCGCCUAG